AUGACAUUUACUGUUCUUACAGACGAUCAGGUCAAGGACAUCCUCGAGACCCUUACCCUUGACGAGCUUGACGAUUUCCGUCAGGUGUUAUCAUCUGCCCUGCAUGAGUUCUCCAACAGCACCGAGACUGAGGACGGUGGCGAUGUCUACCAGCAACCCCACAGAAUAACGACGUUUCAUUCCGGGACUAAGGCUACUACGCUGUUUAUGCCGUCGUGCGGACCCGAAGGCAUGGGAUGCAAAGGCAGGUGCUAUUCUUGGCAGGUCGUCUCAUUGACCUCAUCAGCUGUUACACAAGAUCCCACCGUGAAACCAAUUAGUCCUACCGGAGUCGUCAAUUUGUUCCAUCCUGAUGGUACCCCCAUGGGACUUGUCCACGCAAGCACUCUGACGGCCUUCCGAACAGCCCUCGGGUCAGCAUGCCUGCUAACUCGUCGCAACCAUGUCAAGACGCUCACAGUCUUUGGGAGCGGUAGCCAAGCCUACUGGCAUGUCCGACUGGCGCUUCUCAUGCGUGGAAGCACCAUCAAGCACGUACACAUUAUCAAUCGAAGAUUCUCGGACAGUGCCGGUCACAUUCUCAAGAAGUUCACCAUCAUUCCUGCUGCUGUCAAGGAGCGCGAAGGUUGGGCACAUACCAAGUUCAGUAUCCUGACCCCUACCUUCCAUGACUUUGAAAGGCUUCAGAAGGAACAGAUUCGCAGCGCCGAUGUCAUUUAUUGUUGUACUCCAUCGCGACAGGAGUUGUUUGAUGCAUCUAUCCUGACGUCACAUGAAGGCCGUAAGAAAGGCCGACUCAUUGUCGCUGUCGGAAGCUAUACUCCUGAGAUGAGGGAGCUUCCCGAGGGGUUAUUGCAUCUCGUCACGAAGCCUCAUGAGAAAAACCAUCGGCACUUUCAUAAGCACGCUGAUGAAGGUGGUGUCAUUGUCGUAGACACGCUUGAGGGUGUACUGAAAGAAGCUGGUGAAAUCAUCUCCGCCAAAAUUAGCCCACACCAGAUGGUUGAGCUCGGCGAACUUGUUAUGUUGCACCGUCUCGCCAUUGAAGAAUCCGAGACGGACACAACUGGCAGCCAAACCCCAAUGUCUUCGGAAUACGAAAUGCCGUUAGACCCCAAUGACAAGACGCCUUCCAUGUCCUCCGUCUUCAGUGAACCUACACCUCAACCAGCCAGUCCAUCUAGUCCCAGCUCGUCUCAUCAUAGUCGCAAACCGAGCUUCCCGAUUCCGUUCCGAACACGUUCUGGAAGUUCGUCUGACACGGAGAAGAAGAAAGAGGACGGCCUUGCGCGAUGGCUUAGAGAUGGAACCGUUGUCUACAAGAGUGUUGGUCUAGGGUUGAUGGACCUGGUAAUUGGCAUGCAUAUGGUGAAGGUGGCUAACGAGAAGAAGAUUGGCACCCAGAUAGAAGGAUUUUAG